CCAAAAGCCAAUAUGGUAAGUUUUAGAAACUUGCCAUAAACGUUCUUUCGCCAUUCCAUACAUUUUCAGCUUUCUUUCCUUAAUUCAAGCAUUCAACACAAAGCCAAACCCUUAGCCUUCUUUCUCCUCUCUCACACAAACCCUAAUCUUUCCGAACAAUGAGGUGAGAGAAGAAAAAGAGAAAGGUAUAGCCAUAACAAUGGGCAAAAAAAGGUACAAAUUCUAUGAAAAAAUAAUCAAAUGCUACCUCCUCUUCUUCCUCCUCAUAACCAAUGCCUCCGCUAACGUUUUAUCCGACGUUAAGGUGUCUGUCGUUGUACGUGAUGGUUCGGGUGAUGAUGCAUCCAUCAUGGCUAAAUUGGCUAAGUCUCUAAUACCCACACCUCCUGGUUGGUCAGGUAACAAUGUAUGUAAAUGGCCAGGUGUGUCAUGUGACUCUUCAGGCAGGGUUGAUUCUAUUAGUCUUAUAGGAAAAUCUUUAGGAGGUCAAUUACCACCAGAUCUUAAUCAACUUGCUAAUCUUCAAUCUCUUAAUCUACAAAAGAAUCGUCUUUCCGGUUCUUUACCUUCUUUAUCAGGCCUUGCUAAUAUUCAGGAUGUUCAUCUUGAUUCCAAUAAUUUUACGUCCGUUCCUCCUGAUUUUCUUAAAGGGUUAACCAAUUUACAGCAUUUUAGCAUUGAUGAAAAUCCUAGUCUUCCUCCAUGGACGAUUCCUGAUAGUUUAACAGAUUCACCAUCCUUGACUGGUUUUUCAGCGUCUAAUGCUAAUAUUAUUGGUCAGAUUCCGGACUUUUUUGGGUCGUUACCUAGUUUGGAGAAUCUUAGGCUUUCGUAUAAUAAUAUAACGGGGUUCUUGCCAUUGAGUUUUGCUAAGUCUGGGAUCCAAAACUUGGUGCUUAAUAAUCAAAAGUUUGGGCUUUCAGGCAGCAUUGAUAUUCUUGGUUCUAUGGAACAGUUAAUUCAGGUUUGGAUCCAUGUUAAUAAGUUUUCAGGGCCAAUUCCUGAUCUUUCUGGUUGUAGUAAUUUGAUCGAUCUUCAGCUUCGUGAUAAUAGCUUAACUGGAGCGAUUCCUCCUUCCCUAACUUCACUUCCUAAGCUGGCUAACGUGUCUUUGCAAAAUAACAUAUUUUUAGGACCAAUGCCAGGGUUCAAACCAAAUGUCCAAGUGAGUCUUGGUAACACAAAUCAUUUUUGUAAUCCUGGGCCAGGACCGUGUGAUCCACAGGUAACUAUAUUGAUUGAGAUUGCUGGAGCAGUGGGUUGUCCGAUGGCAAUUGCCGAGUCUUGGUCAGGGAAUAAUCCUUGUAAAGAUUGGAACUAUAUUACAUGUGAUCCUAAAGGCAGUGUCACUGUAAUCAAUUUUGCAAAACAGAAUUGGGUUGGUACUAUAUCUCCUGCAACUGCUAAUCUCACCGGUUUGAAACAAUUGAUCAUGAGUGAUAAUAAUCUCACUGGUCCAAUUCCAGAUAGCCUGACGAGUUUAGGAGACCUGGUGCUUGUCGAUGUUUCCAACAACAACAUUUCUGGGAAGGUCCCAAAAUUUCGUUCGGAUGUCAUAGUGAAAACGUCUGGUAAUCCGUUUAUAGGGAAAGAUGUGCCCCUAGGUCCUCCACCUGGAAGAUCAAGUACUCCAAGUUCGUCUGGUGGGAGAGAUAAUUUAUCACCUUCUGCUGCAAAAGACGAACAUAAAUCUUCUGUCUCUACAGGGGUCAUUGUUGCUAUUGUUAUUGCUGCUGUUUUCGUACUCCUAGUAAUUUUGUGCUUGGUGAUAUAUAAAUACAAGCGUAAUGGGAAAAAAUCAAAAUUGAGCAGAGGCAAGGAGCAAAAAUCGAAGAAUGGUUCCCCUAAAAAUGUGAAUGGUUAUGGUGCAAUUCCAAGCACGGCUAGUCAAAGUAGUGCAGCAAACAGCGAAAUCUAUGUAUAUGAAGGUGGGCAUGUAACCAUCCCGGUGGAACUUCUGCGAGAGGCGACAGACAAUUUCAAUGAAGAAAAUAUAUUGGGACGUGGCGGGUUUGGCAUCGUUUACAAAGGUAAACUCCAUGAUGGGACAGAGAUUGCUGUGAAGAGAAUGGAAGCUACUAUAGCAAGUAACAAAGGCCUGAACGAGUUCAGAGCUGAAAUUGAAGUACUCACAAAGGUUAGACACAGACACUUAGUGGCACUUCAUGGAUUUUGUGUCAAUGGAAAUGAGAGGCUUUUAGUUUACGAGUACAUGCCACAAGGGACAUUAGGCCAGCAUUUGUUCGAGCAUGAUCGAUUGGGAUUUCUACCUCUUACUUGGAAGCAAAGAUUAAUAAUAGCACUAGAUGUUGCCAGAGGAGUAGAGUAUCUGCAUGGUUUGGCACAACAAAGCUUCAUACAUAGAGAUCUAAAGCCUUCUAACGUACUUCUUGAUGAUGACAUGAGGGCUAAGGUCUCUGAUUUUGGAUUAGUUAAAAAUGCACCUGAUGGGAAGUAUUCCGUGGAAACGAGGCUGGCAGGAACUUUUGGGUAUCUUGCUCCAGAGUAUGCUUCCACUGGAAGAGUUACCACGAAAAUUGACGUCUUCGCCUUUGGAGUGAUCUUGAUGGAGAUACUCACUGGCAGAAAAGCACUUGAUGAGAACUUACCAGAAGACAGAAGUCAUUUAGUCCCCUGGUUUAAAAAAAUGGUUGUCAACAAAGAGAAGAUUCUAGAAGUUCUAGACUCGACCCUGGAUCCGGACGAGGAAACUUACCAGAGCAUUUGCAAAGUAGCAGAGCUAGCAGGACAUUGCACGGCUAGGGAACCAUCACAGAGACCAGAUAUGGGACACGUGGUAAAUGUCUUAGCUCCUCUUGUAGAGCAAUGGACUCCCUCUGCUGCUACUGGUGAUGGUAGUUUCAAUAUUGAUUUCACUAUGAGUCUUCCUCAAGCCCUGCAAAAAUGGAGAGCUAACGAUGAUUCCAUGCUUUCUGAAGACACAUAUGGUGACUAUACAAAGCGAGACAAAAGCACAUCUAGUUAUACAAAGGAACACCAGUGAUUAAUGUAAAGAUAUACUUAAAUUGUGAAGAAAGGACGUGUAUAUUAAUGCCACAGAACCGAUAACAUAGAGAUGCACCUUUCUGUCUCA